GCCGCCCCUCGCCCGCCGAGGGGGGCCAGGGGGACGGGGUUCCUGCGGCGCGCCGCGCCCCCCGCGCGCGCGCGCCUCGGCGGCGUGGCCCCCGCGGGGAGCCUGGGAGGCGCCGCGCGAUGGAGGAAGCCGGCCUCGACCUCGCGGACCUCGGCGUCCGGGACGGCUCCUCGGAGGAGUGGUCCGAGGAGUCCGAGGUCUGGGAGUGCUGGGGCGGCGCCGACCCGCCCGAGCGGGCGGACGACUUCGAGGCCGCGCUCGAGUGGGUCGCCUCGGACCAGGGCCUCACGUUCUGGACAAGGGCGAGGACAGCGCUGCGGCUUCAGUUCCUCUGGCGGCGCAAGAAGAAGGCGAGGCUCGCGAAGGAGAUCACCGCCGCGGUGCGCAUCCAGUCCGCGUUUCGGCGCCGCCAACCCAGGCUCAAGCAAGGGCGCGGAGGCGAGGUUAUGCAGGCCCAGCCCGCAGCGCCCGCCGCGGGCGCUGCUCCCGAGUCCCCGCCCGCUCCGCCGGAGCCGGCCCUCGGCCCGGACAGGGGCGCCAUGAUGCAGGCAGCGAUGUCCGCGACGCCGCCGCCCAGGGCGCAGGCGCCGCCGGACACCCCGACCAAGGGCCCCCUCCCUCGAGGCGAGGCGCGUGCUGCUGCAGGCUCAGCGGCGCCCUCAGAGGAGAAGCUGGUCGCCACGGCGUCGACCGGGCCGGCCGACAUGCGUGCCACGGUGAGGGUGUUGGGAGCGGGCGAGACGUUGACCAUCGUCAUCUUUGGUGCAACCGGUGAUCUGGCAAAGAAGAAGCUCUUCCCUGCGCUCUACCAGCUCAUGUAUGCCUGCCCUGAUGCGCCCCUGUUGCCGGUUGCGACUCGGAUUGUUGGUUAUGGUCGGAACGCGAUGAAGCUGGAGGAUUUCAUCGCCAAGCAGUGCAUCUUGGUCCAGGGUUCGCACAGGGACGACUUCUUGAAGCAAGUCUCGUACUGCCAGGGCAAGUAUGACAUGGAGGAAGAUUUCGGCAAACUCGAUGCUGCUCUGCUCGAGCUGGAGGGCUCCAGUACAGCCAAUCGUCUCUUCUUUCUGUCCGUACCGCCUACUGUGUUUGGAAGCGUUUGCCAGAACAUCCAUCUGCGGGCGUGUGCUACCAAGGGCUUCACGCGCGUGAUCAUCGAGAAGCCAUUUGGCCGCGACAGCCGGACCUUCGCCGAGCUGAAUGCGACGACUUCUGGUUGCUUCCGUGAAGACCAGAUCUUCCGCAUCGACCACUACCUUGCGAAGGCACGGUGGCGGAUCAUCCGCGACAUGCUGCAGAACCACCUGCUGCAGAUCUUCCAGUGGUUGGCAAUGGAGCCCCCGAAGCGCCUGGACGCGGAGCACAUCGCCAGGGAGAAGUGCCAGCUCCUGCGGGCCGUUCGCACGCUGCGCCUCGAGGACUGCUUCCUGGGCCAGUACGGGGCAGGGGAGCGCAAAGACGAGGACGGCGUCCUGCGGGCGGAGCCCGGCUACCUGGACGACAGCACUGUGCCUGCGGGCUCGAGGUGUCCGACUUUCGCCGCGGUCGCUCUGACAGUUGAGAACGAGCGCUGGCGAGGAGUGCCGUUCCUGAUGCGCGCGGGCAAGGGCCUCAACGAGCGCCUGGCCGAGGUCCUCAUCACUUUCAAGCGGCAAGGCUACAACUCACUGGUGCCAUCAGAGCCCAACCAGCUUGUUUUCCGGAUCCAGCCAGACGAGGGAAUCUUCUUCAAGUGUAUUAACAAACGCCCAGGAUGGAAGCAGACAAACACUGCGCCAGUGCAGAUGGACAUGAGUUAUGACCGGACUUUCCCUGGAAGCUACAAUGCCGGUGCCUACGAGCGAAUGCUCUUGAAUGCGUCUACCGGUGACCAGAGCCUCUUCGUGGGCAGCGAGGAGCUCGUGGAAGCUUGGCGUAUUUUCACCCCUCUCCUGGACGAGAUCGACGCGAAGCAGCCACAACCGGUGUGCCACCCAUUCGGCGUGCGGGCUCCAGACGGCUUCGCUGAGUUUGCACGUGCGCGCGGCAUUGUUUGCGACGAGGCGAGUGAGUAUUAUUAUUUGCCGAAGUUCAUCCGUGGCAUCCCGGUGUUGAUCCAGGGAGCUGGAGACACGUGGCGGGCCGACAAUUCCAAACUGGGCAGUCACAAUGGCGGGCUCUGCUUCCGGAAGAGCCCCGACAUGGCCGACAGGGCCCAGGAGGAUUUCCUCCUCAUGUACGGCACGACGACCAGGGGCACCGACAUCGGCAACGACUGGGUGAAGGUCCCGUACCCGACUCCGAUCGUCUCGGGGAACGUGUUUGGCUCGCUCCGCGUGGACACCCACCGUGCGAGGUCGCCCUCGGGGUGGCGACCAGACAGCUCGGCCAGAGACGCGCCAGAGGACAGCCGCCGCCGGCCGAGCCCGGCCACGAGCCCGGCCCCGAUCCGGGCCACGAGCGGGGUCUUCCGGCCCGCGGAGCAGCGCCUGCUGUCGGUGCCGAGGGGGUGA